CUGGCGGAUUGCUACACAGGUCGCCCAAACAAUGGGGGAAGAACCUAGUCGCCUUUUGCACGAGGAGCUGCAAAGCCGGACUCUCAACGUACUGUUUACAGACGAACAGGUAACUUAAGGAGGGAGGUUUCCGGUCACUACUCAGCCAUCUGACUUGAUUUAGUUUGUACAACAGUUCCAAAAGGCCCUUGAUCGAGAUCCCUUAACGGAAGCUGCGUUGCGUGGUAUCAAACCCUUUGUGAUUCCGAGCAAUCGAACCUCUCGUCGCGCUGCUGCUGAAAAACUUCCGGUUGACACAAAACUCUCCGACAGCGUUCAAGAGCUCUGCGACCGAUUGAAAGAGAAUCCUUCAUGUUUGACCGUCCGUGAGGGACUUCAGACAAGGCAGGAUGCAGUCAAGGUCGAUGAUCCCCUUUCCGUUCACGGGCUGCACACGGACGUGGAAGACAGCGCACAACUCUACGAGGUUACGGACUCGUUGUUAUGUAUUCUCAUGAAUUGGUAUACCUCAAAGAGUAGUCCGGAAGAAUUUGCCCAACAAAUUUUCGAAUCAAAAUGUGCUCACAUUCAAGACAAGCUCGAAGCAGAGGAGGAAAAACGGAGCAUCAUUGCGAACUGUCGACGACGAAGCCUCUCCGGCAGCAAGAUAUAUACCUUUUGUUCAGAUUUUAUCGAAGACCCGGGCGCAGUUUUCCACCUUCCUCGAGAGGUCAAAGCGAUGAUUGUUGCUAUAGGCCUGCCGAAUAAAAGCUUUCGAGACAUCCAUGACAUCCUCUCUCGACGGUUAAUAGAAAAAGGAAUCAAAAUCCACGCUAAAGAAAAUGGAGGAGCAGAAAUUCUUCGGAGAAUGAAGACGGUUGUUGACGAAGCCACCUUGCGUUGGCACACUCCAGUAGUGGCUGGCGGUGCUCCUCGAAACACGUCUGCUGUGGCGCCGGCCGCCAUCCCUUCGCAACAGAGAGACGCAAUAAACGACAACGAAAACCUCGAGGCUGUGACGCCGGUGAACCAGACAACCGUCGUUGGUGCGCCCCGGCUGGCAAGAGACGAGCAUAUAUCAUGGGACUCCGGUGUGGGCGUCGGUGGCGAUCCUUGCCACGCUUCACCAGUCCCCGGAGAAUGUCCUUCCGCUCUCAGAGCCCAUGCAGUCAGUGGAAGUGUUUUAGAGGAGCCCGAAAGCGACAACAUUGGCCGGACCAAGCGUCGCCGUCUAGAUCAACCGAACAUGGAGCCGCUCGAUAGGCUAGGCCCCGAAGACGAUCGAAUUGACCAAACAUUGUCGGUCGACGGUACGAUAUUGCCGGAAGAGGGUCGAACGAGUAAUGCCACGGAGAUGGCUUACGAUGACUUGGACUGGUCGUUCUGGAUCAACAUGGCCGAAGAUGUCGACUUCAACUACAAUUUGUUUCACCCAUCCCAAUCGGAAUUCCUACCAGCCGACGAGCCGACGACGAAUUUCUAGCAUUCUUGAUUCACCGCUUCGGAAUUGGACCUGGCUUAGGCCCUCAAUGCCGGGUCGUUCUCAUCGCCUUGAUUCUCCGCGAUUUUCACUAGUUUGCAUUCAAGAAUCAUUGAACCAAAACUCCCGCUCUGCAAUGUCACGCCCUCCGACCCAUGAACCGUCAGAACAUCGCCGUCCUGCAAAUCAUAAGGCUGGUAAAUGGCCGCAACCCGUGGUUCGAUAAGUUUUUCGAUGGGAAAAGGGGCUGGCGACUGUUGCAAUGCCGUCGAUGGCAACCCAGGGUCAUUUUGGUUCGAGUCGACGGAGACACCCCCAUCACGAGUGGUUGGCUCCUCGACGUUGGCAGGAGCAGAGUGGAGGGAAUGAGAGCCUGCCGGAGCAACUGCAUUCUGUGGCAAGGUCGGAGCUGAUUUCUCUCUGCUGGCAUGUUCUCUGCAGCACUGGCAGAGUUGAACAUUCAUGAUAACCAACACUUGAUUUCCAGUUGCCUUGAGACCGGCCGUAGUCACAAGGAAUUUUGGGUCGCUUGUGAUCUCCAGGCGGAAGCCUUGAUCCUCAUACAGGGAGCAGACAGUUGGGUGCUUCGGAGCGGUUAGAAGGCUUUUAUGGCGCGCGAGAAAUAUGUCAUACUAACACAACAUUUGAGGUAUACCUUGUAAAACUCGUGGAAUUGGGGAUGAUCUUGCUCCCAGGUGGGCGAAAGUGGCAGUUCCCACUGAUGUUUCCACCAGCCUUUCCGGUCACGUAUUUGGACCAAGUCUUUAAUAUGUAGAAUGACGCAUUUGACGAUAUUUCGUACUUCCUGAGGAGCUCUGAAGGUG